GGCGUUCCGCGGAGUAAUGGCCACCCUGCGAACAGUGAGGAUACGGGAACAUUACGCGCCUCGCCGUGACAAUGCGCCGGCGCCGCCGCCGCCGCCGCCGAAAUACAAGAGCCUGCACGACGCCGUCCGCGACGGCGACGUCCAAGGGGUCCGCGACUUUUUGAGCACCGGCCGGGACGUCAACGAGACUGACAGCAGCGGAAAUACGGCCCUAUUGUUGGCCGUGUGCAUAAAGCAAGAGGAAAUUUACGACGCCAUUGUUGCCGUUUUAAUUGAAAACGGGGCAGAUGUCAAUGCCUAUAACAAGGGAUUCACGCCGUUGUACAACGCGGUUUUCUACAAAAGGAAAACCUCGGUGGAGAUGCUGUUGAAAGCCGGCGCCUGGUUGAGGCCUUCCUACAAGAACGAGCUCCACCAUUUGGCCGAACACGGAGGCAGCCGGAUCCUGGAGUUGAUACUCGACGACGAGCGCUGCACUCCGGAGAUAAUCAACCGGCCGGACGACGAGGGCAGGACGGCCCUCCACCUGGCCGCCCAGUUUUGCCACAAGAAUUGUUUGCGAACGCUCAUCGACCACGGCGGCGACCUGUCUUCUACCAACGACGAUGGCGAGACCGUGGCCGACCUGGUUUUCCAGCAAAUCAUCGCGCCCGAUGGGUUCUUCGGGGAGAUACUCGACGGGAAAAUCGCCAUCAAGCAGACCGACAAGUACAAAUACAACUACGGCAUCGAUUUUCGUGUACUCGCUCCGAAGAAAUACGGUAGACAAAUGGAUGUAAUAUCCAGCGUGCUAGCGGCUGCUUCUGACGAGGAAAAAAUCGAGGUGCUACAACAUCCGCUUAUAGAACUCUACUUAAUACUGAAAUGGGAGAGGAUCUGUUACUUCUUCUACUUGUGGAUAACGGCGUAUUUUAUAUUCGCCACCAGCACGGGCGUUUACUUCAAUUUGCUAAUGCACAACGCGGAAAACAUGGAAACCCUGCGGACCGCUUUGAAAUAUAUCGUCAUUUUGACGGCCAGCGGAUUGCUGGCGCACGCCAUCUUACAGUGCGUCCUCGAUCGACGGAAAUAUUUCCAGAGGUACGAGAUGUGGAUGAAUUUAAUUUGCACAUGCCUCGCAUUGACCGUGGCCAUAACAGUGGACGGCUAUUCCGAAAAUGCAAGCGACGCAGAAUUUCCCGAUUGGGUGGUGCAUGUAACGAGCAUCGACAUUCUCCUGGCCUGGUUCGAGCUGAUGUUGCUAAUUGGUCGAUUGCCCAGUCUCGGCUACUACGCUCUCAUGUUCUCCGCCGUCUUACAAAAUGUCGUUAAGGUCCUUCUGGCUUACGCCUGCCUAUUAAUCGGCUUCACGAUGAGUUUUUCCAUCCAAUUCCAUAAUUCACCUGUAUUUAGCAACCCUUGGAGGACGCUGGCAAAAACGGUGGCGAUGAUGAUAGGGGAAUUCGAGUACGGGGAUUUAUUCGGCGAGGAGGGCGCCGAUUCGCCGAGGAUCCUGCCCGUUACGUCUAGAUUUAUAUUUUUACUUUUUGUGGUCCUGGCCACCGUCGUCCUGAUGAAUCUCCUCGUCGGCGUCGCCGUCAGCGACAUUCAGGAGCUGCAUGUACUGGGCAGGGCGAAAAAAUUGGAGAAGCAGGCCGAGUUCCUGCAGCAAUUGGAAGCAUUCAUGUCGUCCGAACACCUCAGGUCCGAGUACGUGCCGGGCAUCGUUAAAAAAGUGAUCGUGCUCAGGAGCUUCAUUAACACGCAAUUCGAUAUGUCCUGCGACGAGCUGCAGAAGAUCCACAAGAUACCCAAACGAAUUACAGAUUCACUCGCCGCCAUAGCGAAGGGACACAAACAGUUCAAGGAAGUUGAAAAUUAA